AUGGCCUGGCGCAACCAAGGAAUCACCGGAUCUAACAAUAUUCCCCUCGGCAAACGUCGCUUCGGCGGCGGGGCCGAGGAGGAGGACGAUAGCCGCACUGCGACUCCUGCAUCCUUGGGCGACGGCCCUCGACGUGGUCGCAGCCCUGUUCGAGGUAAGUUCCCCACGCAGCCCACCACCAAGCGCCACAAAAGAAAGAGAACCAACAGUCGAUGUCGCGCAGGUGAUAAGCCCCGCAAGAAGCGCAGCCGCUGGGGCGACCAGCAGGAGAACAAGGCUGCUGGUCUGAUGGGCUUGCCCACCAUGAUCAUGGCAAACUUCACCAAUGAACAGCUGGAUGCCUACGCUCUGCACCUGCGUGUCGAAGAAAUCAGUCAGAAGCUUCGUAUUAACGAUGUGGUCCCGCCCGAAAAUGAACGGUCUCCUUCACCUGCGCCUCAAUAUGACAACUUCGGUCGCCGUGUGAACACCCGCGAGUUCCGCUACCGCAAGCGCCUGGAGGAUGAACGUCACAAGCUGGUCGACAAGGCCAUGAAGGCCGUUCCUAACUACACUCCGCCUUCUGACUACAGACGCCCCACCAAGACCCAGGAGAAGGUCUACGUGCCUGUGAAUGACUAUCCAGAGAUUAACUUCAUUGGCUUACUAAUUGGACCUCGUGGUAACACCUUGAAGAAAAUGGAGACCGAAUCUGGUGCCAAGAUCGCCAUUCGUGGCAAGGGUUCCGUCAAGGAAGGAAAGGGUCGCUCUGACGCCGCUCAUGCUAGCAACCAGGAGGAGGACCUUCACUGCUUGAUUAUGGCCGACACGGAGGAGAAGGUGAACAAGGCCAAGAAGCUUGUGCACAACGCUGCGUCCAUCCCCGAGGGUCAAAACGAACUGAAGCGGAACCAGCUUCGAGAACUUGCUGCCCUCAAUGGUACUCUCCGUGACGAUGAGAACCAGGCUUGCCAGAACUGUGGUGAAAUCGGACACCGCAAGUAUGAUUGCCCUCAGCAGCGCAACUACACUUCCAGCAUUAUUUGCCGUGUCUGUGGCAAUGCUGGCCACAUGGCUCGCGACUGUCCCGACCGCCAGAGAGGUAGCGACUGGCGCAACAACGGUGGACGUGCUGCUCCUCGUAUUGCUGACACUGGUGAUGAGGUAGACCGCGAGAUGCAGCAACUCAUGAACGAACUGUCUGGCGGUGCCCCCUCUGGCGACUACCAGCAGCCUCGGCGUAUUGAGGCUGGUCCUGACUCUGGAUACCCCAGUGAUCGUGAUGUGGCUCCCUGGCAGCAGCGUGGCCCGUCGAGCGAUGCCGCCCCUUGGCAGCAGGAUGCCGCUCCCUGGCAGCAGAGAGACCGCGACAGCCGUUCCCGUUAUGGGUCUCGCGAUCAAGAUGCCGCUCCUUGGGCCGCUCAGAAUCAAGAUGCCGCUCCUUGGGCCGCUCAGACCCAAGCCAACGACUACAGUGCCUACGCUCACCACGCCGCAUACGGUGCCGCCCCGGGUUCUGCCCCUGGUGCUUCUCCUUGGCAACAGCAAGGUCCUCCUGGUGCUCAGGCCUACGGAUAUGGCGCUUACGGAGGUUAUUCCUAUGCCCCAGGCAUGGCUCCUCCCGGCAUGGCUGCUCCUGGAAUGGCUCCUCCCGGAAUGGCUCCCCCGCCUCCUCCGGGCAUGCCUAUGUAUGGUGGCGGUGGUGCUGGUGCUGGAGGUGCUCCGCCUCCUCCUCCCCCACCUCCUGGCGAUGCGCCGCCUCCCCCGCCUCCCAGUGACCAGCCCCCGCCUCCUCCUCCGCCUUCGGCGUAG